AUGGCUAACCGUACAAGCAGCAACUCCACAAAUGAUACUAACAACAACCCUCACACUCCUGCUCCUACUGCCGGAGACUCCACCACAAAUGAUAUUAACAACAACCCUCACACUCCUACUCCGACUGCUGGAAGUCGACACCCGAUCUAUCAUGGUAUCAGAUGCAGGCUUAAGACUGGAAAAUGGGUUUCUGAAAUUCGGGUUCCACACUCGUCCACCCGCAUUUGGUUGGGCACGUAUCCCACACCCGAGAUGGCAGCUGCGGCUUACGAUGCAGCUGCAUUGGCUCUCAAAGGAUCUCAUGCAUUACUAAACUUUCCCGACUCAGUUCUGCCUGAUACUCUUCCUGAGUGUCCCACUGCUGAUGACAUAUGUGCGGUAGCUGCACGCGCAGCAGCUGCUAGAAAUCCGUCAAAUAAGGAGGAGACUGGAAGCAGUACGCGUGGAGAAUUUAUGCCAAAUAAGGAGGAGACUGGAAGCAGUACACGUGGAGGAUUUAUUGACCAUGACGCAGUAUUCAACAUGCCAAAUAAGGAGGAGACUGGAAGCAGUACACGUGGAGAAUUUAUGGAUCAUGACGCAGUAUUCGACAUGCCAAAUAUGUUAUCCGACAUGGCGGAGGGAAUGCUGCUGAGCCCACCGAGAAUGAACUCUAUCCCGCCUCAGGAUCAGUACGAAGAUAGCUCCAGUGGAUGGAAUAAUCUAUGGGACUACUGAAGAUAAGCACAAUAUCGGAAGCUAUGCAUGAAUUAAGCUCUGAAUAUUUGUGCAAAGUUAUAUUUAUAAGAUGUUGGAUUUUCGGUUUUUUAUUGGUGCAUGACUGCAUGCAACUCAAUAGGUUGUAUCCAUCCAUGUAGUUGAUGUCUAUUAUAUUAAUCUAUAUAUAUAAACAAG